AUCGCGGUAGUCGCCUCCCUGAUCACUACGUAAUGUGCCGUGCUGCUUCUAGCGGCGCUGGUGACAGUGCUGAAAGCUGUUGGGUAUGAAGUGAAACAGACCUGAAUUUUUGUACCAUCCGCAACUGCUUCAAGUUCAGAUCACCACAAAGAAACUGAAGACAAGCCUCCCAAAAACCAAGUUGCAACACUGAAGACACGUGAGGAAAAACAUCGGAUCACUUCAAGGAUUUAAAAACGCAAGAAGUAACCAAAUCCUGAAACGACCAAAGAAUACGCACAUCAGCCCAACCGAAACACAGAAGAAAAUCCUGUGCCCAAGCAUAUUCUGAGAAGACCCUAACUGAUCUGAAACCAGAAGUUUGUGCCUACUCAACAGCUUUGACAAAGCACACGUCCCAACGCUGCUCCUAGCCCUCCUCAUCCUCACUACACCACCGACUCACCACCGGGGUGUGGAGUGGGCUGCUAUCUGCUAGUUUUCCCCCUCCAAAGUCCCCCAUCUCUCCCUCCCUCCUCUCCUCCUCUGUUUUCAUUGUAUUUUUUUUAAGCAGUGUUAUUGCACCUGCGUAUUGCCUUUUUUCUUUUUCUUUUUUUUUUUCCACUAGAGUCCCCCUUCCUCUUUUUUUUUUUUUUUUUUUUUUUUAUUUUAUGCAACCAUCUAGAAUUUGUGCCAGAAACCUGUAACAAGUGUGUGUGUUCAACUGUGUGCAUGAAGAGGUCUGCAAAAACUGCAAAGUCCUCAGGAUCCUAAGAAAUACAAAAACAAGACGACGAUUAAAGACAUCCAGCGGUGUAUCAUUGGGUGGUCACUUAAGAGUAGUGCUUAACAGUCAAGCAAAAAAAAAAAGAAAAAGAGGAAGGAAAAAAAAAUCUUAAUCAAGUUCAGCAAGUGCUCAAGCAAGUUUGGUCCGAGUUUAUGGGAAAAUAUGGGCAGCCCCUGGAAAGGCUUUGUUGAGUUUACCUUGCCUGCGUCGCCACCCACUGCGUUUGUUAGCGCUGACCUGAGCAGCACCUCCCCUGUCGGACUCAGCCUGUCGCCAUAUGGCCGAUCCAUGAGCUUUGAUCCAGGCAUGCUCCACAAUAACGGGCACACUGCUUAUGCCAAUGGCACGGGGCCGGGCAUCAGAGAAACUGGUGUGGUGGAGAAGCUCUUGACCUCCUACGGCUUCAUCCAGUGCUCUGAGCGUCAGGCCCGUCUCUUCUUCCAUUGCUCCCAGUACAAUGGCAACCUGCAGGAGCUUAAAGUAGGAGAUGAUGUAGAGUUUGAGGUGUCCUCUGACAGGCGCACUGGCAAACCCAUAGCAGUGAAGCUGCUUAAGAUAAAGCCAGAGGUGCUGCCAGAGGAGCGGAUCUCGGGCCAGGUGGGGCCAGACCUGCACGCCUAUCCCUUUACUGUGCUGCAUGGUUAUAUUCAUCCAGUUGUCUCAUCAAUCCCAUUGCACUUGGAUGGAAAGUCUGCUCCUGGCCAGGUGCCCACCGGCAGUGUUUGUUAUGAAAGAAACGGGGAAGUGUUCUACCUUACCUACACCCCUGAUGACGUGGAGGGCAACAUGCACCUGGACACAGGAGACAAAGUCAGCUUUUAUGUGGAGACCAACAAGCAUACCGGUGCAGUCAGCGCUCGUAACAUUCAGCUGGUGAAUAAAAAGCAGAUGAGGUGCCAGGGUGUGGUGUGUGCUACGAAGGAGGCCUUUGGAUUCAUCGAGAGAGCAGAUGUGGUGAAGGAGAUCUUUUUUCACUACAGUGAGUUCAAAGGUGAUCUGGAGGCCCUUCAGGCUGGAGAUGAUGUCGAAUUCACCAUCAAAGACAGAAAUGGCAAGGAAGUGGCUACAGAUGUGAGGCUGCUCCCCCAAGGAACAGUCAUCUUCGAAGAUAUCAGCAUUGAACAGUUUGAAGGGACUGUUGUCAAGGUCAUCCCCAAGGUCCCCACCAAAAACCAAAACGACCCCCUGCCAGGUCGCAUCACUGCACGGGUCGGCUUUGCCGACAAAGAGCUUCCGUUUGGUGAGAAGGACACCAAGUCCAAGGUGACUCUUUUGGAAGGAGACCACAUCCAAUUCAACAUCUCUACAGAUCGCAGAGACAAGCUGGAGAGGGCUACCAACAUUGACAUCCUCCCUGACACCUUCAACUUCACCAAGGAGACUCGUGAAAUGGGAGUGAUAGCCGCCAUCCGCGAUGGCUUUGGUUUCAUUAAGUGUGUGGAUCGGGAUGCGCGGAUGUUCUUUCACUUCAGUGAAGUUCUGGAGGAGAGUCAGCUGCACAUCUCAGAUGAAGUGGAGUUCACUGUUGUGCCUGUAGGUCCCGUUUAUAAACCUUUCACAAAAGAUAUGCUGUCGGCUCAGAGGAACCACGCCGUGCGCAUCAAGAAGCUUCCCAAAGGCACUGUGUCCUUCCACACCCAGUCUGAGCAGCGAUUCAUCGGAGUGAUAGAGAAAGAAGUCAUUUCAGCCUCCAAGAACGUCAGUCCCACCAAGGGCAAGGAAAAGAAAAAAGACAAGGGUAAAGUUGUAGAAAAGGAAGCUGAGGAAGGUGUAAUUGCAUAUGAAGACUGUGGUGUGAAGCUCACAGUGCCAUACCAUGCCAAAGACCUGGAGGGAGGCCACCCACAGGUCGGAGACAAGGUGGAGUUCUCGAUCAACGAAGUGAAGCGAACCGGCCUGCAGAGUGCCGUCUCCAUCCGGGUUGUCAACCGCAACGCCUCCAACGCCAAGAGACUGCACGGGUUCAUCGCCACGCUGAAGGACAACUUCGGCUUCAUCGAGACGGCGAAUCACGACCAGGAGAUUUUCUUUCAUUACAGUGAAAUGUGUGGAGACCUGGACAGCCUGGAGCUGGGCGACACAGUGGAGUACACACUCUCCAAGGGAAAAGGAAAUAAAGUCAGCGCUGAAAAAGUGACCAAGGUGGCUCCAGUGAACGGCAUCGGUGAAGACGUCAGCACGACGGUGUUGACAGGGAAGGUCAUCCGUCCCAUACGCAGCGUGGAUCCAUCUCAGACGGAAUAUCAAGGUCUCAUUGAAGUCUCAGAGGAAGGAAGUAAAGGAAAAAAUUAUCCCUUUGGGAUCAUGGGUAUGUCAAGCAAGGCGGACUGUCUGCAGAAAGGAGAGCUGGUGAAGUUCCAGACUUGCACAAUAGCCCAGACUGGGCAGAAGAUGGCCUGUCACGUCGUCCCUCAGCGUCGGGCGCUGGUGGAGUGUGUCAAAGACCAGUUCGGCUUCAUCACAUAUGAAGUUGGAGAGAGCAAGAAGCUGUUCUUCCAUGUCAAAGAGGUGCAGGAUGGCCUGGAGCUGCAGACCGGGGAUGAGGUGGAGUUCUCCGUCGUCCUCAAUCAACGCACAGGGAAAUGCAGUGCCUGCAACGUUCGCCGAGUCAGCGAGGGGCCCAAGCCCGUGGUGACCCCGCGCCCGGACCGCCUGGUGAACCGGCUGAAGAGCAUCACUCUGGACGAUGCCAGCGCUCCUCGCCUGGUCAUCGUGAGGCAGCCUCGUGGUCCUGACAACUCAAAGGGCUUUAAUGUGGAGCGGAAGACUCGCCAGCCUGGCGUCAUCGACUGAGCAAUACGGCGCCGGCCCUGCUGUCCCCGAGAGCAACAGCAGGGGGGGAUAAGGGAACCUGAUCUGACACAUGCUUGUACACAAACUCAUCCACACAAAAAUCCCCCCCACACACGCAUACAUACACACACACACACACACACAACAAACGAAACAUACGCACACAUACAGUAAUCGGCAUGUGUAAUCUUUAUCCCCAUCGAUAUCUGCAAGGGAACGUUUCUUAUUCCGCAGUUCCCUGCCUCCCGUGUAUGAUGUACCCGAUGCGGCGCUCCACCCUGCAGCAUAACUGGGGAUCUCAGAGUGUGUGUGCGUGAUGUAUCCUAGAAGUGAUUAGUGUGUAACGGAGGUGUUUGUUUCUGAGGGCCCGCUCCCUCUAAAUCAGAGUGACGACUGUGUGGCUGUCCGUGUCCUGACCUUUUCUUUUUCUUUUGAAUCUGCUUCGUCUGGAAUUCUGCACCUGUAAUGUGUCCCGUAGUCCGACUGGGUGAAUGAGCGCGACUCUUGGCAUGUCUUGAGACCUCCUGCUUCUUUUCUUUUUUUUUUUCUUUUUUUUUUUUCUUUCCUCACACUUUUUGCUCCUUUUUUUACCCCCCCCCCCCCCCCCCCCCCCCCGCACCGGAAACUUGAGUGGAUUCAUUCCAAAGUUUCCUCUACUGUAUGCUUUCCUACAAAACGCAUAAAGCAAAGUUCCCUCCAUAAGGAGGAUCAUAUUUCUCAUAUGUGCGAGCUUAAACUGAGGAUUCUUCUCUGCUCGGUUUUUUUGAGCAGUUUUAAAAUGCUUUAUUGAAGAGCUGAAGUGAAAGCAUGGUGUGUGUGUUUGUGUGUGUGUGCGGGUGUGUGUGAUGUAUGUGAAUGUCGACGUAGUUAAUCUAAUGGGAAUUUACCAAUCUGGAGCCUUUAGAUACCUUUUUGGUAUUCACAUGCUCCACUUAAGCAAAUUAUUUUCCCAGGUGCAGAAUUCCUUGUGGCAUCUUAUAUCUGCAGUUCUUUUAUACUAUUUUUGUUUUUGUUUUUGUUUUUUUCUUGCACAUAUUGCUAUUUUUUUUUCCAUUGAAACUCAAUCUGCUAAUAUUGAAAUAAGAAUAAGGUGCCUAAAAAUUAAAAGCAAAAGUAAACAAAAAAAAAUAAAUAAAAAAUUAGAUGUAUCCUCUGUUCCCAGCCUACCGCCAAAAUAUUCAGAACAAUCUUAGGGUGGCUUUCUUUUCUAGUAGAAAUAAUACUGAUAUGCAUCCCAAACCUGUGGGUUGAACUAUACUGUAUGUAAUGUGUGCUAUUUUUUUUUUUCUUAGUGAAAGUUCAAACUUCAGAUAUAACAAUUAAAAAAAAAAAAAAAGCAAAAAAACAAAUUUAACUUAAAUGAGAAGAGGAAAGUAUUAAAAAUUGAGUUUAAAAAAAAAAACAAAAAAAAAACACUGCAUUAAGAAUCCAGAUAAGUUCUUGUUCUGGAGAGGAGGUGGGUGGGCUGUAGUGCCUCUGCACAUUAAGUUACAGUCAAUGUUAAUUUCUUUGGAGAUCACCGGGUUUCAGUUGAACCACCUACAGAGGUUCUCAUGUACUUUUGUUAAUGGUCUUGAAUGAAACGAUUAAAGUUUUAUGAAAAUCA